AUUAUACAUUUUAGAAUUAUGUUAGCAGAAAUGACAAAGUAAUGAAUCAGCGCAGUAAACGUUAUAUUUAAUAUUUGCUAUAACUCUUUUUAUUUAUUUAACAAUAAAUUGUAAAAGCUUGAUAGAAAUUUUGUUUAGUUUACCGAAAAUCUCCAGCGAUUAAUACGUAAAUAUUAAUUAAAUUAUUUUAAAUUCUAGUGCUAAAGAAUCUUAUGUCUUUUAGCAUUGGCUUGAAGAACAACAUGAGAUUGGUCAUCAAUUUAAAAAUUAUUCUAGUAGUACUACUACUUUCAUUUGGAUUUAUCAGAGGAACUAAACGCAAUUCAAUUGGAAAAAACUAUCAAACUUCACCAAUUAACAAAAGGAAUAUCAAUGGGAAUCAUAAAUAUAAUAACAAUGAAAGACAGUAUCAAAUUGGAAAAGAUAUUUCGAGUUUAAAUCAAAAUAUGUAUAGACAGAAAAAAAUUAAUGCUGAAAGUGACAAUAGCAUGAGUUUUGAAAACAGAGGGAAUGUCAAUGAGAAUUAUAAAUAUAAUAGCAAUGAAAGACAGAAUCAAUUUAGAAAAGAUAUUUCGAGUUUAAAUCAAAAUAUGUAUGGACACAAUAAAAUUAAAGCUGAAAAUGAUAAUAACAUGAAUUUUGAAAACAAUAAAAAUGACGAGGAACAAAAAAACAGAGAAUAUAUCCAUAAAAGAAUUGAAAGUAAAAUUAAAAAUCGACUUCAAACGACUACUGGUUGGCAAGUGAGAUUAAGUUAUUGGUUCAAUAAGAUAUAUGAAAUAGCAAACAUUAUUCAUCCUUUAGAACUUUUAAAAGUCAUUUUAUAAAAAAUGAUAAUGAUUUAUAAAAUAUGACAAUUAUGAAUUUGUGGAAAAAUAAGUGUUUAAAUAAUUAUUUUAAUAAAAUCCACUAAAUAAUGUAUAUGUAAAGUUCUUAUUUUGAUUUCAAUAAAUAUCAUAAAGACAUAAAUACAA